AUGACGGACGAGAUGACAUCUGCUCAAUAUAGACGGCUCUCAGAGAAGCAUGCCAUAUGUGAGGGUGUCCAUCAACAAUGCUGUGCAUACAAAUUUGGCGGGACCAUGUUAUCAUGCUACACUUGCCAUGAGCAACACCGAUCUCUUGUCUUGGGCGAGAACUCAAGCGAGGGCGGCUAA